AUGGAAUACAUGAACCGGCUGUUGAUCAAGAUGCAAAGAGAUCCAAAUUUUAAUUACCAUGCCAAAUGUGAAAAGCUGAAAAUUACCAACCUCGCAUUUGCAGAUGAUAUACUGCUGCUAUGUAAGGGAGACGAGAUCUCAAUGGAAAUGAUUUUAGAAACCUUCGGAAAAUUCUCCAACUCCACAGGACUGCUGAUGAACCCCAACAAGUGCAAAAUAUAUUUUGGGGGUUUGGAUACGGAAACCAGGAAAACUUUGAAGGAGCUGUCAGGAUUCCAAGAAGGGGUACUACCUUUCAAAUACUUGGGAAUUCCCUUAUCGAGCAAAAGACUAACCAUCAAUCAUUUUAUGCCCCUAGUGGAUAAAAUAGUGGCUAGAAUACAUCAUUGGUUCUCUAGACUACUUAGUUACGCAGGAAGAAUGCAACUAGUCAAAAGCAUCACUUAUGCAAUGGCACAGUACUGGAUGCAUUGCCUUCCCCUACCCAAAUGCGUGAUCAAGAAGGUAAAUGCAAUUUGCCAAAGUUUCAUUUGGACUGGAAAAGAUACUGUGAGUAGAAAAUGCCCGAUGGCCUGGAAAACUGCUUGCAGCCCAACUGCUCAGGGUGGGAUGAACAUCUUAAACCUUCAGACCUGGAACAAUGUACUCCUCUUGAAAUGUCUGUGGAACAUUUGCAACAAAACCGACACACUGUGGAUCAAAUGGAUCCACGCACACUACUUAAAAGGCAAUGAUAUGAUGACGUAUGUAACCAAAACACAUAAUUCGUGGAUCAUUCGGGGCAUCUUGAAACAAAGAGAGUACAUGGACAAGGUCUGGCAUGAAUGGAACCAAGCUAUGACCGCACAGAAAUUUAAAGUUGUAGCCUUUUAUAAGAUACUAAUUGAUAAUGGCACAAGAGUACCUUGGAGAAAACUGAUCAGAUUCAACAAAGGGCAACCGCAAACAGUACAAUGCUUAUGGCAAGCUUGUCAUGGGAAGCUUGCAACCAAAGAAAGAUUGAAACGUUUUGGAAUGAUUGAAGACAACAUAUGCAGUUUGUACAAAGCUGAAGAAGAAACGAUGAAUCACCUUUUUUUCCACUGUCCAAGAACAAGGCACAUAUGGAAGGAAACCCUCGAGUGGUUUAACAUUCAACAUGAACCCCAACAAUGGGAGGCAGAACUAAUAUGGAUCACUGAUCUCACAAAGGGGAAGGGCUGGAAAGCUGAUAUUUUGAAGAUGCUAACAGCUGAAACCGUCUACAGCAUUUGGAAAUAUAGAAAUAGUAUUAUUUUUGAAAACAUUGUAAAGAAUACAAACAUGGUUACAAAAAUCAUAGAUAAUGUAAUUUAUAGAGGAUGGCAAAACAAUAGGAUUAGAAAACACGUUAUUUGUUUUAUGAUGUAA